CUUCGAUUGUCGGACAAUAACCUCAGAACAUUGCCAGAAUCCAUUGGAUCUAUCAGGACCUUGCAGGUAUUAGCGUUGCGCUCAAAUCUACUGGAGAAAUUACCCGAAUCUUGGAAAGACAUGGAAAAUCUCUCGACUCUCGAUCUCUCCUGCAACCGCUUAAAGUUUCUUCCUGGCGAUAUUGUUCGUCUACCCAAACUUACGCACUUGGACCUUCAUGACAAUCAGAUUGAAGCACUGCCUGAAAAAAUCGGUCAACUCAGCAGCCUUGUUGUGCUUCAGUUGUGUGGCAACCAACUGCGAGAGCUACCAAGAGAUAUUGGACGGCUAAGAGAUCUCCAAGACCUGGUACUGUCUUUCAAUCAGCUGCAGUAUUUACCGGAUGAGAUUGGCAAGUUAAACAAGCUACAGGAACUGAAGUUUAACAAUAAUCCUCUCCGAUCGCUCCCAAAAACCAUCCAACGACUUACCAAUGUGCGUCGCGUAUACCUACAAGGCUGUCUACUGCGGGAUUUACCAAUUGAAUUUGCUAGUAAACUUUCCGAAUUGCAGCGGCUUCGAGUGUUUGAAGCCCAAGGAAAUCAGAUCCGGGUGCUUUCAAAUAAGAUUAAGCUACUUCCUAAGCUUGAGGUGUUGGAUCUGGCAGACAACUUUUUAACAUGGUUACCAAAGGAAGUAGGCGAUUUGACUCAUCUUAAGGUCUUGAUCUUGGAAGGCAACCCUAUCAAGGCACUACCAUCAUCAUUGUCCAAA